AUGGCAGUGAAAGGAUUCAGUAAACGUCCCACUGUGUGGCCUAUGCAACACUGGGACAUAUCUGAUCACUUUCCUGUGUAUGUGAAAAUCAUGUGGGAGAAACCCUUACCGCCAGAAGAGAAGACAAUAAUCUCUCGUACCAAAGUUAAGGAUGUCCGACCACAGUUUGUGGAGGACGAAAAGUGGGAAGCUGUGACAGGUAAGGUAGAUGCAGAUCUAUCGAUCCUGACAAAAGCUUUUAUUGACACGGUCUGGGAAGUGGCCAAAGGUUGCAAUGCAACCAAAAAGCUCUCCCAGAAAGAAUGGCGAGUACAUAUUUCGAAGGAAACGAGGUCUCUCAUUAUGCGAAGGCGCAAGGCUUUCAAGCAUAGGAAUGACCCAAACUUCGAUCGUACUGUGUACGACGAUCUCAAGAUGAGAGUACAGAAAGCUAAGAAAAAAGACGCUUGUGAGGCCCGGACACGGAAAUCACAGGCUAUAGCUAAAAUGGUAGUCGAGAACCGUUAUCGAGAUCUAUUUCGUGAGAUUAGAUCAUCAACCGGUGACGGGGUAUCAGACAAGCCAGUACUCGAUGAUUAUACGGGUAACGUCAUACAUGAUAAGAAGGGAAAGGAAGAAUUGUGGGCCAGACACUUCGGGGACCUCGCUUCGGAUAAAACCGGGCACUCGAGGGACCUGGAGUACUGGAACAGCAAAUUUCCUAAAAAGUGUGAAGCAUUUCCUGAGUGCGACGAGUCUCUCUCUUAUGAGGACUUAAGGAUUGCUUUAAAAACCACUCCAUGGGGAAAAGCCCCAGGACUCGACGGAAUUCCGGCCGAUAUCCUGAAGGUAAUAUCUAUGGAGGAAGAACCUGAAUCUAAAGCGGCUCAGGCUCUGUGGAUAACUGUUAGGGCCAUUUGGAACGAAGCGGUUAUACCACGAGAGAUCAAUGUGGGUGAAGUGGUACCAAUACCAAAGAAGGUAAUGUCCGUGGUCAACAUGGGCGACACCCGAGGCAUUGCAUUACUGCCAUCACUCACAAAGGUCGUAGCCAAAAUAGCUGCAAAUAGAAUCAGUCAGAUUGCGGAGACCCAUGGUCUCCUAGCUAAAGAGCAGGCUGGGUUCAGGACUUUGGAGGAAUGUACGGCUCAAGUAGCUACCUUAUACGAGGUAGUGAAAAGGCGAAGUAUAAGAAACCAAAGCACCUACCUGGCUUUUAUCGAUUACGCUAAAGCAUAUGACAAGGUUCCUCAAGGUGCACUACUUAGGAAGUUGGAGAGUAUAGGGAUAGGAGGACACUUGUUACAAGUGGUCAAAUCACUAUACGAAGACCCGCGGAUGUGUGUUAGAGUCGGCUCCUCUACAUCACCCGUAGUAAAUUACCACUGUGGUGUAAGACAGGGUUGCCCUGCUUCACCAAUCCUUUUUGAUCUUUUUAUUAAUGACCUCUUACAAGGCAUGGAUGGGGUCGCUAUUCCUGGUGUAUCGGAAGCCGUUAGUGGACUAUUGUUCGCUGACGACGCGGUUGUUAUGGCAGAGAGUGAAUCCGCAUUGCGGAGGAACCUGGACCUGCUGACGAGUUGGAGUGAGAAGCACGAGAUGUCAGUUAAUGCAUCGAAGUGUGGUAUCAUGAAGAUAAGAGCAACCGAAGACGUUAUAGCAGGAGGACCAAAUUUCCUUCAGCCAAAUAAGAAAGCCAGAGUGGAACAACAGGAACCAGAACCUUUCGAGAUUAUGGGGAAUGUUGUACCCGAAGUAUCCGAGUAUAUCUACUUAGGGAUAAGGUUUACACCAGACCUGUGCUUGAAUUCCAUGAUGCAACAUGUUGAAUCAAAAGGAAGGAAGGCAAUAGGAGCAAUGUAUUACUUACUCUCUAAGAAGGAUAUGCCGGUAUACGUGAAAAUAUUGUCAAUAAAAGUGAAACUACAGUCGAUUCUCACCUACGGAGCUGAGGUAUGGGGAAUGUCAACUCUAAGGUGCAAGGGUAUUCAACGAAUCAUGAAUGAAGCAUGCAGAUUAGUAGUUGGAGGAGGAAGGAAUGCGGCGAUGGACAGAAUUCGGUCCGAGCUAGGAAUACAGUCGGUUGCAAAUAUAGCGGCUGUUAAGCGAGCUAGAGCUGUAGCGAAGUGGCCUGGUUGUAAGACAUGGAUCGCAACCCUGUCGACAAGCCAGUUUAGGUCACGAGAGUGGACAUGGGUUACUGGAAAUAUCAAGUGGCUUAAGCGUUACGCAGGAUGGAAUGCCGGUGGUGAGCUUACUAAGGUUAUGAUAGACAAUGUGUUCUCUGUAAGAGAAACAGACACAAGAACCAAGAUUGGCGCUUGGGCAGCGGAAUAUAACCUAACGGCAAAACCAAGAUGGAUCAAGCUCGGGUGCUUGUAUCCUGACCUCCAAAGGGGAUGUUUGGGGAUUGGUCGAAUGAGAAGUGGCACUUUCAAUUUCGUCCGAAACCUCGUCAACAAACGUGUCCUGGACAACCGGUUCCGAUCCUUCUGUCCAUUUUGCAAAGAUUCGGUCGUAGAGACGAUAGAGCACCUAUUCUUUUUCUGCCAGAGAUGGGACGAGUAUCGGGAUCACUACUUCAAGUGGUGGUCUACUGGGGCUAGCCAGUACGUAAAAAAUUCAAACAAUAGCAUGUCAGUGGUGUUGCAAGCACUGCUGCGCAUACUCCUGGGAGAGGAGGCUGGAAGUGAUGUCCUCGUGGUUCUAUACACGGGGUUCGGAAACUCUGUGCUUAUCGACCAGACGGGUGCGGACUCUUUUGUCCUAUCCGCUGCUAGAUUUUUGCAGAGAAUUAUUCCUCUGAGGGAGGGUAUGAUCCAACGGGUCUUAUCCGAUGACCAAAGAUUCUCCUGGAGCCAAAGCCCAAUGGGUAUGGCGGAGCUUGAUGCACCAUAG